AUGACACCGGCAGCGGCUGGUCAACUCUAUCCCCAGCUACAGUCUAUCGCGAAGUCGCCGGUGGUGCACGGUCACGUGGAUCAUCCGGGAUUACGAGGCACGCCGGGCGGCCCGCCCGGAUUCGGGCUUCAUCAUCACGCGGCCGCGACGGCCGGCGCCGGCGCCGGAAGUCCGCAGGCCGGCGGCGGCGGUGGCAGUGUCGGCGGCGUCGGGGGCGCCGGCGUUAGCCAAGCGCCCUCGCCGCGCUCGCAGAGACGUUACACCGGUCGCGCCACGUGCGAUUGCCCGAAUUGUCAAGAAGCCGAGAGACUCGGUCCCGCCGGCGUGCACCUCAGGAAGAAGAACAUCCAUAGCUGCCACAUACCGGGUUGCGGCAAGGUCUACGGGAAAACGUCGCAUCUGAAGGCCCACUUACGGUGGCACACUGGUGAGCGACCGUUUGUUUGCAACUGGCUUUUCUGUGGCAAGCGGUUCACACGUUCGGAUGAGUUGCAGCGGCACCUUCGAACCCACACCGGCGAAAAGAGAUUCGCCUGCCCGGUCUGCAACAAGCGGUUCAUGCGCAGCGACCAUCUCGCGAAGCACGUCAAGACCCACAGCAGCAGCAGCAGCAGCAGCGGCAGCAAGGGCAAGGGGGGAGCGGGGAGCUCGUCGGCCGAGUCCUGCUCCGACAGCGAGGACAACGGGAGUCAGCAGAGUCCCACUUCCAGCUCGGUGCCGCAGCCGCAGCCGCCGCCGCAGCCGGCGGCUCAGGCCCAGCAGCAGCAGCAGCAGCAGCAGCAGCAGCAGCUGGCGGCGGCGCAGCAGCAGCAGCAGCAGCAGCAGCAGCAGCAGCAGCAGCAGCAGCAGCAGCAGCAGCAGCAGCAGCAGCAGCAGCAGCAGCAGCAGCAGCAGCAGCAGCAGCAGCAGCAGCAGCAGCAGCAGCAGCAGCAGCAGCAGCAGCAGCAGCAGCAGCAGCAUCACCAUCAGCAGCACCAAAACCACCAUCACCAUCAUCACCAUCACCACCAAUCGCACCAACAACAGCACCCGCGACAAAACAACUCCUACUCUGUGCAACAAAAUCCUGGCACGCCGGGGACCGCGCAGACUCCCUCACCCUCUUCCCCUGCGCCUGUACAUAGUCUCUAAGCCGUUACGAGCGCACUCGCGUCCGACAACCGGUCACAAUCCACCGCACGUCCGUCCGCCGCGUUCAUACACGUAGGCACGAGUAAUAUACACACGUAGACACAAGAGCAUACACGAAGAUACA